AUGUUCACUUCACUGCAUCCUGCCGGUGGAAAUGAAAUUAUAAAUACUUCUGGAAUUAGAGAUUGGGUUCCUAACAAAGAUCAAUGGGCAAGACCGGAAGGGACUCAAGCUCCUCCAGACCAUAACCCAUUGGCGCAAGAACUUGCAGAUGUCGCUAACCAUGAAGGUGGUAUUGGAGAGCAACAUACUUAUCUUGUUAAUAGAAUAGGUCUCCAUAAUUGUAAUUCCAGUUGUUUGCGUUAUCGUCGUAAGAAUAAUAAGGAAAAGGAUACCGCUCCAAAAAAGUACUGUCGCUUUCAUUUUGGCGAUCUUGAUCCACAAACCAAAAAAACAAGUGGUAAAGUGAUUCAUCCUUUUAAUGCUGCCAUAACAGAAGGGGAACAUCCUAGAUAUGAGGGACCACGCGAUCAUCCUCGCUUGAUGAUGCAUGUAAAAACACGCCUACUUAGUUGGCUAGCAAAUUGUGAUAGUCAACCCAUUAUCGAUCAGGACCUUCUCGCUCUACAAAAAUACAUUGCCAGUUAUGCUUGCAAAGGGGCUGCUUCAACCGAAGAUUUGGUACAUGUUUAUCGGCAUCUCAUUGAAAACACUACUGACGGAAGCACUGUUAAAAAUUUGGCUCAACGACUGCUUCGAAAAAUUGCUGGUCUAGUAGACGUACCAGGUGCUGCGGCAGAUUUCAUUAAUAGUGGUGGCCGUUUGACUAGAUCUACCAGGAAUUUUCGAUACAUUGGUAUCAGUGGCUUCCGAGCCUUGGAUACGUCUGGUGAAGAUGGAACCGUUACAAAGAGUAGCACAUUGGCUAAAUACUUGAGCGAUAAGCGUAGAGAAACAGAGCCAGAAAUAUCAUUAUGGAAGGGAGCAAGAAAUCCUGUUACUGAGGACUAUGCAAAAGCUAUGCUCAUUAUAUUUUCUGUGGGAACGUGGCAUAAUACUGAAGAAUUGAAAGGACAACAUGAGUCAUUUGCUGCAGCUUUGGCUUCCCUUGUUCAAACUGAAGAAUGUCCAUCAAUAUUAAUUGAUUCAUUUGUAAUCAAUAUUCAAACCGAUACUCAGUCUUCAGAUCAAUCAUCACAAUACACAGAUGCAAGUUCCCAAUGUUCCCGAAAUUCUGCCAUUGCAGAAAUUAACAUAGGUAGAGCAAUGAUGAGAGAUAUUGCUAAGCACCAUGUUGCUGAAAUGAAUGAGCCAAAUGUACAACAGGUUCUUCCCAAUGUGGGGGCUAUGUUUGAUUGGAAUAAUUAUGCAAUUCAAAGUUUUGGUAGUCAAUGGCCAAUUAAUGCUGACACAUGGUUACAAUCUAUAUCUGAAGAAGCUGAAAGAAAUGAAUUGCAGCAUGCUGAAGAUUGUACCUUACCCCAAAUAAACAUCUUAAAUGCUAAUGAAUUACAAAGAACAGUCAUUGGUAUAAAUCUUCAGCAUUUAUUACAAGUAGCAAAAGGAACUUUGCCAACAGGUACCCAGCCAUUACGUUUAUUAAUACAAGGAACAGCUGGUGUUGGGAAAACAUUCAUCAUUACCGCACUCACUAGAAUUGUUCGCCGUAUUUUUAAGCGAAAUUCUGCUGUUAUGAACUUGGCCCCAACUGGUGCAGCAUCAGUCCUCAUACCUAAUGGUCGGACUAUACAUUCAAUGACUCCACCACCACACAAACUGAAAAAAGAUAAUUCUGUCCAGCUUUCUGACUAUCCGUUGGGUGAUGUAUCUCUAAGAAAGCUCAGAAAAUAUACAGGCAUGCAUGAAAACAAUGAACUGAAAUUAUUUCAACUUAAUAUUGAUGAACGUAGCAUGCAGUCAAAGCUUCUUGUGGCCUGGUGCAGCCAAAGAUUAUGUGAGGCAACAGGAGACUUUGACAAUUAUUAUGGAGGUGUACCAACUGUCAAUUUCUUUGGGGACCUUGGUAAACUUGGACCAAUUCGUGCUUUCGAUCUACAUCAGCCACCAAAGUACGAUGAUUCCACAAUCAACUUUGCUGGUUAUGCAAUCUAUCGCUCGUUUCAACAUGUUAUCGUUCUUACAGAGACCAUGCGCCAAGGCCAAGAUCAGUUGGAUCUUUUACAACGACUUCUUAGAAUACGUAAUGGUUCGAUCACUCAACAAGAUUGGCAGGAUAUAAAUAGUCGUUACGAAAAUGCUUUGCCCCAUACCGAAAAAUGUAACUUUCUUCAUGGUUGCGUCCUGACAUUAAUGGAAACAUGGAAUGAAGUUAAUGAAGAAAACCAACAUAAAUUAGCCAGCCUUGGUGUACCAGUUGCUGUUAUUCCAUCAAGAGGCCGUGGUAAACAUCACUCUUUGACCGAUAAGCAAAUGGGUCAAAUACCUCUGAGAUCUUUAAUGGCAGUUGGUGCAACUGUAAUACUCACCAAAAACCAAAAAGGUCUUACAGGCCUCGGUCUUAAUAAUGGUGCCAUGGGAAAAGUAAUUGCAAUCCUUUAUUUACCAAAUACGUCACCACCUGAAUUUCCAAUAGCUGUUGUUGUCAAUUUCCCAAAUUAUAAAGGCCCACUAUGCAUUCCAGAACAUCCAACAUGGAUACCAAUUACUGCUAUUGAAGGACGAUGUGAGUCUAAUUGUUGUAGCAGAAAUGGCCUGCCAUUGAUGCCAGGAUAUGCGAUAACAAUUGCCAAAAGUCAGGGUAUGUCGAUUGGAGAUGGUAAAACUGCCACCCACAUGCGUAUCAAGUUACAACAAUCAAUUCAGAUGGAAAAAAUAACCUUGGUACAGCUUACACUGCAUUCUCCAGAUGCGAAAAAGAAAGAAAUUGGGCACUUGUCGAACCAAUUACUCAAGAACGACUCUUGUACAUUAAUACACAUCCCCGUAUGAAAGCCAGACAAGAGGAAGAGAAACGCCUGAAGACAUUAUCGAAUGAAACCGUCAAAAAAUUCAAUAUCACUAUGGAAAAGUAUAUUAACUUGUUGAAAGAACUUGACGAGUUUUGUGAUGAUGGUAUUGAAGAUGCAGUUUGUCCUUCACCAUCUCUAAACUGCACAUGUAUAAUAUGCAUAUCUCACUCCUAAUUUUAUUUACUACCUAAAUUCAUCUAUUUUGGAGACAAUCACAAUCUUGACCUGUUACAAUAACCAUAUCUACACUUGAUAUCCAGUCCCAUAUCUAUUUUAUCCUUACCCCCAUCGAUCAUCAUUCCCCAAUUACAGUACCGUUUUGACUUAUAGCAAUCAACAUAUCAUCUGUACCCUACCGAACAUACCACAAUUAUCAUACCGUUUCGACUUGUCGCAAUCAACAUAUCGUCUCUACCCUACCGAUCAUCAUACCACAAUUACCAUACCAUUUCGACUUAUCACAACCAACAAGGAUUCCGCCCCCCCCUGACGUUUUUUUUUUAAUAACUCCUGAUUGCUUUGUUAUAUGGCUAUGAUACUUACUGAGUUUCAACAUUUAUCUAUUAGACACCUGCAUGCUAAUUUUUUAGGUCCCAUAACUUUCAGAAGCUUUGAUAUUGGCCAUUACUCGAAACUACCCCUAAAAAUCUCUAUGAAAUCCUUAUAAUGGGGAAAAUAUAAUAACUCCUGUUAGGAUUAUCCUUAGAACUUGAAACUUGCAACACAACUUUAUUUCCUCAAGAAAAAUCAUUUUGAAUAAUUUGAACACGUGACUAGUCCGAUUUCCCGAUUUUGUCGGAUUUCACCCGAAAAUCGGAAAAAAACGGAUUUUCGGGCAAUUUUUGGCAAUUUUUUAUCCGAUCCAUGUAAAAACCGGAAGAUAUGUUAAAUAAAUUUUAUUUAGCUUUCAGAAACUUCAAACAGAAUGUAAAAAUUCGCUCUAGAACGAAAGUAAUUAUAUUUUAAGUAGAUAGUGGCAUUUUUGACAAUUUUCAAGCUUCUGAUGACGUCACAGAAAAUGUGCUGACGCAAGCAAAAAUUUAUUGGUGCCAUUUUGUUCCUUUUAUGACGUACUAUAAGUGUGCCAAGUUUGAUUCAAUUUGAACAAUCCUAUCAAAAGUUAUUGAGGGGGGGCGGAAUCCGCUCCCGCCCCCCCAUGGUCAUAGUAUGUUCGAAAAACCCCGGACCGAAUAGGGUUAAUGGCGUUGCUGGAGGUGGAGGUGGAGGGUCAUAACACAGCCUAACAAAGGUCUGUGAUUGUUACAUUAACCACCGAUGCAUUUAAUAUCCAGUUGCAUAUCUAUUUUAUCUGUAUCACAUCGAUCGUCAUACCACAAUUACCGUACCAUUUUGACUUAUCGCAAUCAACAUAUCGUCUGUACCCUACCGAUUAUCAUACCACAAUUACCAUGCCGCAUGACCGAAUGCAACCUGAACAAGGUGCAUUUAUAUUACAGCUUUGUGCUGAUUAUUAAUGGCGUUGUAAGCCAAUUGCAACCUGAACAAGGUGCAUUAACAUUACAGCUUUGUGCUGAUUAUUAAUGGCGUUGUAAGCCAAUUGCAACCUAAACUAGGUGCAUUAAUAUUACAGCUUUGUGCUGCUUAUUAAUGGCGUUGUAAGCCAAUUGCAACCUAAACAAGGUGCAUUUAUAUUACAGCUUUGUGCUGAUUAUUAAUGGCGUUGUAAGCCAAUUGCAACCGAAACGAGGUGCAUUAACAUUACAGCUUUGUGCUGAUUAUUAAUGGCGUUUAAAAAUGGAAAGUGAGCUGAUGGUAAAUGAGUUAUCAGCAAAGAAAUUGGAUUUGUCGUGGGACGCCUUCCGGGACUUUUGUUCCCAAAAUAAGACUUUGGGAGCAUUUAUAAGCUCCCAAAAUUGCAAAUCCUGGAAGGCGUCUGGUGGCUCACGCACCUUUACACAGGAGGAUGAUAUGCGGGAGCGGGCGAAGUUGAAGAGGAAGAACGGUGAAAGAGGGAGAGGAGGAGGAUAUAGGUGGUAAAAAAAAAUGCAAAAUCUUGCUGUUCUUAAUUCAUUCCUCUCAACCCAUCCCCAGACUUUUCUUCUUUUAAAAAUUUUCUUUUGCACAACAGUAUGUGCUUUUAAUAUUUUGACGUAGUAUAUAGUUAUAUAGACAUCUAUAGUUAUAUAGACAGUCAGCAAGCAUAACUUUAGGUUAUAAAAUUCUUUAUUAAGCUAUUAUAAAACAAUUUGCGUUUUGUCAUAUUAUUUGUGUCUUGCCUUUUUGUUCCAAGAUUCUGCAUAUAAUGUGCGUAAUUACCUUAUUCCAUGAAAUUACCCAGUUAUGAUUUUACACGCUUUUUAUAAGAAUAUAAUUAUAAGAAUAUCGAGGCUGAGAAAUGGGUUAAAAUUAGAAAUAUCCUAAGAAUAUACCCAGGCUCAACUUCUUGUUUUAGAUAUGAAAAUUUGUGUGAUGCGCAGAUUUUGAUUAGAGGUUUAUUUCUUAUACUGUAUGUUUAUUUUCUUGUCG